GGCCGCUGACUGCUCGGGGAGAUGUUGAGUCUGACUGGACGUUCCCGACAUCUAUAUUUCAUGAGAAUCCCCUCUAUUAUUCAUCUCUCAGUCACUCCACCAAUUACUUGCUGCAUCUCCCAUUGCAAUCUGGUGGUUUAACAUCAGGUACUUCAAGAGAGUUUGUGUUCAGCCGUCUGAAGCAGAACUAGGUGAAUGAGCCACAGAGUCACACCAUGGAAAUGUUGGUCACCGUGUUAUAGGCAAGAUGUUGUCAAGCUGGAAACGGUGCAGAGACGAUUUACAAGGAUGUUGCCAUGGCGGAUAUUGCAGGCAGGUGUGAGGUGUAGACGGAGAGCGGGAGCGGGAGCGGUCAGUGGCGAUCCGGCCGCCAUCUCUUCGCCAGGAUGGAGAGCGACCAGAUCACCAGCAGCAGCAGCGCAUCCCGGCAGGCCGUGCCGCAGAUAUCGGUGUACAGCGGGCUCCCCGACCGGCAGACUGUGCAGGUGAUACAGCAAGCUCUCCACCGACAGCCCAACACUGCCGCCCAGUACCUGCAGCAGAUGUAUGCGGCGCAACAGCAGCACCUGAUGCUGCAGACUGCAGCCCUCCAACAGCAACACCUGAGCAGCGCGCAGCUGCAGAGCCUGGCAGCUGUGCAGCAGGCUAGUUUAGCUGCAACCAGGCAGGGCUCUUCACCGAAUGGGAGUGUAUCUCAGCAACCUGUCUCUUCUCAGAACACUAUUAACCUGGCCACGUCCCCUGCUGCGGCGCAGUUAAUCAGCCGGGCGCAGAGCGUGAACUCGGCUGGUGCCACAGGGAUUGCUCAACAGGCCGUUCUCCUGGGAAAUUCGACCAGCCCAGCGCUCACUGCCAGCCAGGCUCAGAUGUACCUUCGGGCGCAGAUGGCACAGCAAAGUAACCUUGUGCAAGUAGCUAGGACCCUAGGACGUGCUGUUCCUUUGUCCCCCCAGCUCAUCUUCACGCCCACUGCCACCGUCGCUGCCGUCCAACCAGAGGUCACAGUAUCUUCAGGCAACCAGCAGUCAUCGGUCUCACAGGUGCAGAAUUUAGCGAUCAGAAGCCAGCAGGGUGCAACAGCAGUGCAGCCUCAACUUCAGAGCGUAACUCUGAAAGCUAGCGCGUCAGCUCCGCAGUCCGCCGGUGGCCCGCUGGCAAAAGCUCCCGGCCCGCUGCCCGUCCUGGGCAGCAAAGGGGGCCAGUGCGAGGGCAUGGCCGAGAGUGGGAAGAAGAGCGAGCACGGCAUUGCUCCCAGCACGGACACCAGGGGUCUUGGCGUGACCCACAAUACUGCAACUGUCAGCACACACCCUCUGAUCACCACAGCCUACAGCCAGAUUCAGCCGCACCAGCUGAUCCAGCAGCAGCAGCAACAGAUCCAACUGCAGCAGCAGCAGCAACAGCAGCAGAAACAUCUACAGCAUCAGUUCGUCAUUCAGCAGCAGCAGAUCCAGCAGCACAGGCAGCAGCCGCAGCUCAUCCACACCAGCGCCCAGCUGCAGGCGGUGCCCACCAGCUCGCUCCAGGCUCCUGUGCAGACCCUGGCGCAUGGGCAGCACUGCCAACCUACACUGCACCCCAAGCCGCAGGUGUUGAGCUCACCGGCUCCCUCUCAGAUCCCCGUGCUCCAGCCUGUGCCUCACGCCCAGCAGAACCCGCAGCCGGUGUUGCACAGCGGGCAGACGGACAGCCAUGCACUGGCGCCACAGACUGCAGCCGUAAACCUGCAGGUCCAGCCGUCUGCACACGUGAUCCAGCAGUGCCAGCGGAGCGUGCCGGACUGCAGGAGGGACAAGCUCGACCCCGCGGCUGAGAAGGGGCCCGCGGAGAGACCCAACGGACCCACGACCACGGCCUGCUCGGUAACACCCGAUCAGAAGAAGGUUGAGCCGGCCAAGCCCGUCGCACAAGGGAAGGGGCCGGAGGGUGUUAAUGCCAAGACUGCCUCCCCCGCUCCCACCAUGACGUCCGGAAAUGGCAACACCACCUCGUCCGUGACUGCAAGCGUUCCGCAAAACACCGAGAACAAACCUCCACAGGCCAUCGUCAAACCCCAGAUCCUCACCCAUGUCAUUGAAGGCUUUGUUAUCCAGGAGGGUGCUGAGCCAUUCCCUGUGGGCCGCUCCUCGCUACUUAUCGACCACCUGGCCAAACAAAAGCAGCAGCAGCAGUCGGCAGCUGUACAGCCAGCCGAGAAACUGCCACAGCUGGAUCAGCCCGACUCUGAGAUGGACGAUCUCAGUCAGCAAGAGUCGAAGGAAAAAGAGGAGGAUGCUCUGAAACUGAAGUGCGAGUUCUGCGGGAGGCUUGAUUACGCCCACAAGUUCAAGGGCUCAAAGAGGUUUUGUUCAAUGGCCUGCGCCAAGAGGUAUAAUGUUGGCUGCAGUAAGCGAGUGGGUUUGUUCAAACCCGACAAGAGCAAGUACCUGCAGAAGAAAGAAGGAGGCAAGUUGGGAAAGAGAGGCCCAAGGAAGAACAGCCUGCACAGCACCAACAGCGAGCAGCCCAAGAAACAGCUUAAGCAGUCCCCGGCCACCGUGGGCAUGAGUCAGGAGGAUUCCAGCAGAGGCUCGGACAACUCCAGCUACGAGGAGCCGCUAUCGCCCAUCUCGGCCAGCUCCUCCACGUCACGGAGGAGGCAGGGCGAGCGGGAGCUCGACAUCCACGAGCUGCGGAUGCGGGACCUGAUGGGGAUCGGCCACCACUUCCUGCCUAGCGACCCCACCAAGUGGAACGUGGAGGACGUGUGCGAAUUUAUUCGCUCGUUGCCAGGUUGCCAGGAGAUCGCCGAUGAGUUUCGGGCCCAGGAAAUUGAUGGGCAGGCCCUCCUGUUGCUUAAGGAAGACCACCUCAUGAGCGCCAUGAACAUUAAAUUAGGGCCAGCCCUGAAAAUAUAUGCCAGGAUCAGCAUGCUGAAGGACUCCUAACCAGAACCCUUGGGACAUUGGGGAACCUGGCUGGUUGAAGUGGCAGCUAUACUGAAAGCCAAGGUUUCUGAUCGCUGUGGACGUUUGGUCGCUCUUUGCAAAGAGAAUUGAGGUGUAGCACUGCAGAGUACAGUGAUCACACUAUCAAACAACUAUUGGCUUCGUGAGAAGCCUGCAAUCUGGGUACAAUGUUUCCCAAAUGAGGAAAAUACAUGGUGCUAUCCCAGUGGCAAAGAUAGAGAUGGGAACAUUGGUGGAGAAGUAAUCUCCACCAGAUGAGCCAAAUGCAUUGAGUGUUUCGAGGAUAAUUCUUCACAGAACACAGUAUAUUUGCCAGUGGUUAUGUAGCUGAAGAGAAUUGUUUUUUUUGGAUUUAGAUCUGUCCUAAGGUUGGUUUCUGUUUGGAUGCAUGUUUAGAGGUUAGGCUUUCUUUAGAUUGGUUUGAUAAUCAGAUCUAUUUUGUGAUCUUAUAAUGUGCCUGAAAUAACAAGAUGUUGCUGUAAAACUCUUUGUGACUGUUUCAUGCAGGGCGAUGCAGUUUCUAGAAUAUUUAGAUCAUCCACACGGUGCAAGUGGUUGACCAGCAUGUGUUCGUACAGCAGAACACACAACCUGUGAACAUUUUAUGUCUUGCUGGAAUUUACAUUUGUUACCAGUUUAAUAAGGGCUGCCUCCCAGACUUCUGUGGUGGGGAACAUCCAGAUGGCAGAACAGCUCAGAUGUUUUUGAUUUAAAAGGGGAGGAGGUGGUUCUUCCACAUGUGCAGAAUGAGUUGGGAAGGGAGCAAAGGACAGAAUCAUUGCCCUGUUCAAUUUAUAAUCUGUCUGCUCACCCAAAGUUUGAGUGGAGGGCGGCAGAUUAUCUACAUUUGGACAGGCAGAAAUCUAUUCAUCCCAACUGUUCACACGCAGGGACCCAGUGCAGCUCUGGAUGCUGCAUCAGGACCAAAAUCCUCACUGACUAGUUUAGAAAUACAGCACGGAAACAGGCCCUUUUGCCCACCAGGUCCGCGCCGACCAGCGAUUCCCGCACACUAUUACUAUCCUACACACACACACACACACACACACACACACACACCACACACACACACACACACACACACACACCACACACACACACACACACACACACACACACACACACACACACACACACACACACACACACACACACACACACACACACACACACACACGGGCAAAUUACAAUUAAACCAAGCCAAUUAACCUACAAACCUGUCCGUCUUUGGAGUGUGUUUGGAAACCGGAGAUCCCAGAGAAAACCCACGCGGUCACAGGGAGAACGUUGAAACUUUGUACAGGCAAGCACCCGUGGUCAGGAUCGAACCCAGGUCUCUGGCGCUGUAAAGCACCAACUCUACCACUGUGCCACGCUUUCUCCCCCCAACCUUGUGACAUAGACCAUCAAUGUUCAGGGUGCAGCGCCACGCUUCUCCUGUGCUACUGCUCAUCCACUGAUCCUUUUACAGACCAGUCUUCCAGAAGCUCCCCUUCGACCCGUCCAGAUACAACAAGUGUGGCGACCAAGUCAGUGCAGCCUUUAACCGGCUCUGUGACAAAACAAUUUGUCAGCCACCGCAUGAUCCCCAGUCUGGGCUGACGGUGCCCUGUUUGUGCCUCAAUCGUUCUUUCAUUCAUGCCAUCAUUGACCCAUCACACAGGCCAAGUGCAAUUAACCCGAAAACAUGAAUGACAUUACAGUGCAAGUAAUGGAAAUACAAUAUUAAAUUUGUGUGUGUGCGGGCACUGAAAUGUUGGAUGUGCUGAACUUGUUUUGGCACACCUUAAGUCGGAGCAUCACAAUGUUUUAAUAUUUACAGAGGAGGGACCGUGGGCUGCAAACUGGUGUCUCUGCACGCUGCUUGCCUGAUACUGGAUUCACGACGGUCGCUUCAUUGCACCGUCUAAUUCAAUGGCCCGUGUCUCAUGCCGUCCCCUGGAAGAAUUUCCAAUCUUACAUUAUCCUGAUCACCUCAGAUGGCAAUUUACAAACAGUCCCAUAUCAUUCCAGCAAACCUUUUCCCACUUCCUAUUUGUAACAAUUUGUCUUUUGAUACUUAACAUAAAGCAUUACCAAGUCGCCUUUAAAUGGCAGAAGAAAAUGAAGGUUAGUCUUCAACUUUCCAAAUAACUUUGCUGUUGCUAAAAUGUACUGUUACUGUCUUGAAGUUAAAUUUCAAUACAUGUGAAUGGUGGAAAACAAUCAACGCCCUAUUUUGAAAAGGUCUGGAAAGGCAGAGCCUUUAAGGGCUGGUACAUGCUUCCAGUAAUUUAAAUUGCGUUGUAUUUAGCAACUGAUUGCUGGAGAUUCAUCCUGAGCUGCCCUGUGCAAGUAACACAUUUGUAAUCUGCAUUCAAAAUCUAUUGAAGUCACUCCAGCUUAAUUUUGCGAGCACACUGCACCACACAGCCACUCUCCUGUGUUUUAGCACAACCAACACAACAAUGAAUUUCUGCCUUGAAUUAGCCCAUUGUCUGGUGACUCCCCCCCCCCCCCCACCCCCCCUGACCCUGUUCCAUCUGUUCUUUGUAGCGAUGCCGAAUAUUUUCAACACUGCAAAAGCAAAGGCUUUGGGACGACCAAAGACAAUUGAAUAUUCACUUUUGUUCCUUAAUCUUACUUGGUGCUGUCUCAGACUGUGUCUUCCUGGAGGAAGCCCUUCUGUGGCUACAUUUCAGUUUGUACAAGACUUGAAUUUUGUUGGUCCUGUGAAAGAUUUUUACAUUGUAAGUUGGUAGUUUUAAAAGCAUAAUUUAACUCUGAAUUACUGUGUUUCACAUGUAUUUUUGUAAGACUAAGGGAUUUUCUUUCCUGCUUUAGUGCUGAGCUGUAGAGACGCUGGCAAGAUCUGGCGGCCCAUUGUGGGAGGUCACACGAGACUCUGCUUGUGAUGUCUUCCUAGGUUGAGUUGCAAGAGCAGCAUGAGGCGCCGCAUGUUAAAGAUGGCCACUUGUAAGCAGAGCCCUGGUGUUGGUGCAACCAAACCCAUACAGCACUCUGUCUUAAGGAAAUGGUGAAAUUUGGUUCGGGGGGGGGGGGAGGGGGAGAAGAGAAAGGAAAAGACCCCUUCUUCAGAACAGUAGUAGUCUGAGAGUGAUGUGUUGUCCUGGCCAAUUGAGCAUUCCAGCUUUUGCAAUCCUCCCGAGAAAUCCGGUCAUCAAAUGAUUAUUUCAAAGAGAGUCGUAAGUGUUGAUAGAUGACCGAAGCUUCCUCGUGGCGAUCCCUGGAAGCAAGGACGUGAUGCACUCCGUGACGCGUGGACGACGUGUUGGACGACGACAGCCAACAGCGAGCUACAUCCUCUGACACACGAGCGAACGAUAGAACAGUGAUUAGAAGUGUUUGCUUUGGUGCAUCUUGCCCAACAUCCAGAUGUAGUGAUCCUGUUACAGAUGUAUCGCUUGUCCACUGUGAACAGCCUUCUGGUUGUGUUUGUCAUGGCCUUCUGGUGCUUGUUACAAAAUAUUUUCACCCCACGUAAGGGCCAUCUUUGACUUUUGACAUAUGUUUCCAUUCAUGGUGUACCCAGAUGAAACCCAGCAUUUCAGUAUUGGUGAAAGCAAAUCAAAAUACCAAGGAUGCUCAAAAUGAUAAAAAGGGAAAACAUUGGAAAUGCUCAACAGGCUGAGCAACAAAAAGAAAGAGUCAAUGUUUCAAGUCAAAGACUCUUCAUCAGAACCUGAAAUAGUCAGUCUGAAGAAGGGUCCCAAUUCAAAAUGUCACCUAUCCAGGUCCUCCACAGAUGCUGACUGACCCACCAAGUUACUCCAGUAUUUUGUGAUUAACUCUGUUCCUCGUUCCAUCGUUGUUGCCUGACCUGCUGAGUGUUUCCAGCAUUUUCUGUUUUUACUUUCAAUGUUAGUAAUUGGCUAGUUCAAAAUAAAAUUGAAAUAUGGAGGUUUUGAUGAUGAAUAACAUGAAUAAAUUAAACUGGAUUUUAAAUGUUUUUCAAUUUCUGGUGAUUUUUUAAAAUGCCAUGUUGAUUGAUUUAAAAUGAUACAAUUCUCUUUGUAAUGAAACAUGAUUUGACUUUUUUUACUUCUCAGCUUUUUUUUGUGACAUGGGGGUAUUGGUCAAUUCUGCCUCAGUAUUUGAAUUAUACAUCAAGAUUGGUGCCCAAUGUCCAAUCUUCAUUUCAGGGGUUGGCUCAAUUGCUUACAUGUACUUAUUUCUCUCAACUUUUCUGACUUUGCACAGUUGAGAAUUCAAUGACAGCUAAAACUGUGGACACAAGGAACUGCAUCGUUAGCUUACACAAAACAGGAGCAACUUGCUGGCGGUGUAAACAUUGAAUUCUCCAAUUUUAGGUGACUCCAAACACCGUCUCUACCCACCUCUCUCUUCCCUGUUUCCCAUCAGGCUGCACAGCCAUUUCUCUCUAUCCCCAACCCCAUCCCCUUCCAUCUAUAUUCCUUUCUAUGGCUUCACAUUCCAUGUCCCUUAUCUCACCACCUUUAGACUUGUCAACUCUGGCCUUUGUCUAACCAUCUUCCAAUCAAAACCCCUCACUUGUAUCCACCGUCACUUGCCAAACUUUGUCUUGCCUCUUCUUCCAGCACCACACACACACACACUCUCUCUUUUUCUCUCUCCUCUCUUUUCCUCUCUCACUCUCACUCUCUCUCUCUCUCGUCCCGACCCAAAACAUUGCUUUUCAUGUUCUCCAGAGAUCCUGCCAGACCCACUCUAGCACUCGACGUUGAAAUAUUAGUGUUCACAAUCCUUCUGCCCUGAAUGUUGCAGGUUUACACUGACAAUGUCGACAUCAUUUUAGUAAUUAGUGCUAUUUCAACUUGCAACAUCAACAUAUGAAGUAAAUGUUACAUUGAAAUUGUUAAUACCUGGACUCCCAUAAUAACACGCUGAAAGAGUUUGCAAUAACUUAUAACUUGUCAAUUCCAUUUGUAUAGAAGUGAAAUAAGACUCCUUUGAUAGGACAUGAUGUCUGACAGCAGGCAAUUUUUUUUCUGUUUGUUGUAUUGAUAAUAAAUUGAUUUAAAAAAAUAA